AAAAAAUACAACAUAUAUGUGUUUAUUAGUCCCAUUCUGAACACACAGGUGUGUUUUAUUCUUCUCCAGCAGGUGGCGCUAGUGCACCUUUACGCUGGUCACCGACCACCGGAAUAAGCAGAAACCGGAAGCUGGUAGCAGAGCUAGCUUGUUGUUCUGGUGAGUGAGGAGAAUAUUUGAGGCUCUGCAGUAAAAAUGUCUUCACUUCAGUCUCUGGGAGAGUUGAUCAGCUAAAGCGACUAACUGCUGCUGCUGCAGAAAUCUUCUCACCAGGCUAUGGAAACUUUCUUCUCCUCCUCAACAACUUGGUGGAGUUCUUUCCAGAACCAGAGAAGAUAUUCUGCGGUCUUCGUGACAAUCGGAGCUCCAGAAUCAGGUUGUGGGUGAGAAAAGCUUUUCUCUAGACUUCCUGCCCUCUGGAUCUGCUGCUGUUCCUUUGGUCUCUCUGAGAAACGCGCUCGUUUUGCUGCUUUCAUCAGAUUGAAGAGGUUCCCUCUAUCAGACUCGCUCAGCUGAGUUGGUCAUGAUGCAGGAUCGCUGCUCGCUCUCUGAGCCAUCCUGCUCACACUCUCCGACGGAAAAGCCCCGAGUCUGAAUGUGACUUUGGAGGAAAAAGCGGUUAGCUCUACUCCGUGGACUCUGCUGUUAGCUAAACACGGCUAAAGAAAACCUGCUACCACUUCAGGAUCAUCCAUCAGCUGGGACUGAUUCAUCGUGUGUUCUUCACCACCUGGACCUGGACAGCAUGGACACAGCAUUUCAACAGGUGGUGCUGGUUAAAGAAGAAGCUCUAGAAGAACAUAGCGCUGGUGUCAACCAGCAGGACUUAGAUUUUCUCCACAUAAAGGAAGAAGAGGAGAAACUCUGGCCCAGUAUGGAAGGGGUGCAUCUCCAUUUGAAGGAGGAGACUGAUGCUGUCAGGUUUCCAUUCACUGUUGCUUCUAUAAAGAGUGAGGAAGAUGAAGAGAAGCCUCUGUUCUCACAGCUUCAUCAGAAGCAAAUAGAAGACAGACAUGUUCCAACCAGCAGCUCAGCUGACCAGAUUAUGGCAGAAACUGGUGGACUAGAAACUAGCCAGAACCCAGAUCUGAACCCUCACGAACUGACUCCUGAUUCUUCAGAGACUGACGUUGGAGAUGAUGAUGCUGCAACUCAAGACUCUGAGCUGUCAGACUCUGGGUCUGAAACUGGAGACGGAGACAAUGACUGGAAUGAGAACAGGUGUUCUGAGUCGGAUUUUAGGACUUUCAACAAAUCCUUUAGUCAUAGGACACUUUUAAACAGUCACAUGAGAGUCUACACAGGACAGAAGCCUUUUGCUUGUGAGCUCUGUAGCAAAAGAUAUAGCCAAAAGACACAUUUAAACACACACAAGAGAGUCCACACAGUACAGAAGCCUUUUGCUUGUGAGCUCUGUGGAAAGAAAUUUAGCUCAAAGUCACCUUUAAAUAGACACAUGAGAGUCCACACAGGAGAGAAGCCCUUUGCUUGUGAGCUCUGUGGGAAUAGAUUUAGUGAAAAGGGAAGUUUAAACAACCACAUGAGAGUCCACACAGGACAGAAGCCAUUUGCUUGUGAGUUAUGUAGCAAAACAUAUAGCCGAAAUACAAAUUUAAACAGACACAUGAGAGUCCACACAGGACAGAAGCCUUUUGCUUGUGAGCUCUGUAGCAAAAGAUAUAGCCAAAAGAUACAUUUAAACACACACAUGAGAGUCCACACAGGACAGAAGCCUUUUGCUUGUGAGCUCUGUGGAAAGAAAUUUAGCUCAAAGUCACCUUUAAAUAGACACAUGAGAGUCCACACAGGACAGAAGCCAUUUGCUUGUGAGUUCUGUAGCAAAACAUAUAGCCAAAAUACAAAUUUAAACAGACACAUGAGAGUCCACACAGGACAGAAGCCUUUUGCUUGUGAGCUCUGUAGCAAAAGAUAUAGCCAAAAGACACAUUUAAACACACACAUGAGAGUCCACAAAUGACAGAAGCCUUUUGCGUGUGAGCUCUGUGGACGAAGAUUUACAGUUGGUUUAUGCUUGAUGCGUCCGCGAGGUCCGCACGGCUCCGCGCGGAAAAGUUGCGUCAUUUUGCGUCAUUUUAACAACCACGCCCCUCCACCGCGUCUCCGCACGGCCCAAGAUUUCCACAAUGCGCACCUCGGAAAAUUUCUAACCACGCGGACGGUCGGACGCGAAAAAACAUGGCGGACCGGCACGGCAGAGGUUCGUAAAUACAGACAUUUGUAUGAUUCAGCUCUCAGAGAUCACCGUGAUCAACAUGUUGUUAAUAAUUCUUGGAGACAAAUAGCUCGCACUGUCGGAAAAGACGAGAACGCUGUUAAAAAUGCUGAAAUACCAUGUUGUAAACAGUGAUUUCUACUUCUACUAUGGUGUAGUGUUGGAUGCAUGCUGUAGAGCUCCAUGCUGCCCCGUUCAGUUUGGGAGAAUAUUGGCUCACCGCAGAGACAAGCCGCACAAACCAUAAACUCUGCGAGUUGUGAAGCGCGUUCCAGCCGCAAGCCGCUUCACCGCGCGGAAAGUGAAUGCGUCAAGCAUAAACCAAGCUUUAGCCGAAAGAAAACUUUAAACAAUCAUCUAAGCGUCCACUAGGGCUGAACGAACUAUUGCAGGGGUCUCAAACCUUUUUAGGCCCGUGAGCUACUUUUACACGAUGAAAGUACAGCAGAGUUACUGCCAUAUGAUUUAUUUACAUUGAUACUUUCCAUGUGUGAAUGUGCUUAUGUUAAACAUGCUCUACUUACUAUAUUAACAUGCAUUGCAUUCACAAGUUGAUUUCUCUGUAUUUCAGUACAUCAGUAUAUAUAUUUUUUAAAAGUAUAAGUAAACUAGUGACAUUCUGACAACCAAAUUGAACAAAACAUAUUUAGUUUUUUAAACUAAUCAGAUACUUUCAGAUAAUAACAAAUCUACUUCAUGUGAAUGAUUUGGUAAUUUUUUUAGAAGGUUAGUAACAUAACUUUUUAAGCACACAGGAACAGCUAACCUGUAAAGCUGAUGAUAUUUUAAAUAAAAUACAAGCUAAAUGUGAUGAAAACACAAAAGUCUAAAUAGUUUGAAUUGAAAUAAAAAAUGUAAAAUCAGAAAUAAGACUUGUUCCUGCUCUCCUGAUCGUCUGAAUAAUUUUAAUGGGGUUUUUUGAUCAUGAAAGUUAAGUUUUGCUGCGUUUAUUGCUGACAAUAUGAAGGUUGGAGGUUGAUCCUUUUUUUCUGCAUCUUGUAGGUUUUUUUCUCCACAGGUCUGAAAACUAAUUAAACUAAUUAAAAACUAAAGUUUUUCAUGAUGUCUUUUAGGGCUGGGCGAUAUGGCCUCAAAUCUAUAUUGCGAUAUAGUCUGAAGCAUGUGCGGUAACGAUAUAUAUUGCGAUAUAUUUUUUCCUCUGUUCAUAUAUGUCAAAAUGACAUGCUUUUAAAUAUCCUCAUGUGGCAAAUAUAUGCCACUUGAGUUAUAUAGGCCUCCUCCUCCGCCCACUCCAUGCUUGCAGUCCCUUCUAUUCUGUUGUCCCAAUGUCAGCAGGGUGCACAUCUUAGUGACGUCAUGUGUUAUCGCGAUUUUGCGUUAUUGCGACAUAGCCAAAAACUAUCAUUACCCAAUUUUAUAUCGUUUCUACCUCAUAUUGUUUAUAUUGCCCACCCCUAAUGCCUUCCAUUAACCUAUCCUUGCAUCUGUGCUCUACUAGGUCAAUCUGUGCUGUGUUAAAAUUAUUCUAUAUGUAUUUUAUAAGUAUACCUAACAGAUGUCUGAAUGCUGGUGACAACCCUUACAGAUUUACUCUCAGGUGGAGCAUCAAAGCUGCUGCUUUAUUGGUUUAUUCUAGACGCGUCCGUGAGGUUCGCGCGGCUAAAUUGCAUCAUUUUAACAACCACACCCCUCCACCGCGCCUCCGCACAGCCCAAACUUUCUGCACCGCCCACCUAGGAAAUUUUCUAACCACGCAGGCAGUCGGACGCAGAAAAACAUGGCGGACUGGCAAGAACUAGUAUGGCAGAGGUUCGUAUAUACAGACAUUUGUAUGAUUCAGCUCUCAAAGAUCACCGUGAUCAACAUGUUGUUAAUAAUUCUUGGAGAGAAAUGGGCUUGACACACGGGAGGCGACAUCGCCUCUCCUCCAUUCAUUUUCAAUGAGACAUGCGCGACAAAGCGAUAAUCUCGGGUCUCUCUCCUACUAAGCGAAACGCGAAAAACGUGCGUGUGAAAGUUUCCACUCGUGCACGUGUCGUGCACGUUCGACCCAGUGACGCGAUCCCAGAAAGUUGAAACAUUUUCAACUUUUCAUCGCUGUCGCUCGGGCGAGGACCAAUCACCGGAGGUUUCAUUCACUGACCAAUGAGCGGACAUUAUGCUCCGCACAUCUCCGAGCAAACAUGAAGGAGAAGUUGAUUAUUAUUAUGUUUUAUAUGGUAAAAUCAGAAGUAAGAUUUCACAUAACUCUAGCAGCACCUUGUGAAACAUCCAUAGACUGUACAUACUGGACAAACGGAUUCCAUAGGCUCCAAUAACACGUUUUUUGUCCAUAAUGGGAGGUGGCCACCACCGCCAUUUUGACCGUGUCACAGGUUCCAUCCAGCCCAGACAAUUCCAUAAAAGGGAAGAGAGGAGGCGCUGAGGGUGGGGCUGUAAGGCUGGGAUCGAGUGACGAACUAGCUACGAGCUAACCUGAAGCUAACCCAGGCUAACCCUGCUGGUGGUGGUCGGAGGGACCGGUGGCGCCAGUGCUCGGCAGCCUCGCCUCUGUCAGUGCGCCCCAGGGCAGCUGUGGCUACAUCGUAGCUCAUCCCCACCAGUGUGUGAAUGUGUGUGUGAAUGGGUGAAUGACUGAUUGUGUUGUAAAGCGCCUUGGGGGGUUCCAGGACUCUAGAAGGCGCUAUAUCAAAUACAGGCCAUUUACCAUUUAACCCAAAGCUAAAGCGGAGGUGGGAGCCGAGCUAACGAAUGUAGCCACCUAGCUUCAAUUCAACCGGAGCUAACUGGAACACCCAACGACCUGACCCUCACACGGAGUUUAGGUGGAGGUUUUCUGCGCCUGUUCGUGAGAAGUACCUGUAUUAAAAAAGUUUUAAAUCGGUAAGUUUAUAAUUUAUUUCCGUAAUGAAAACAUUUUGCUUUGAGCAAGUUUUCAGUACAGUUUUUUUCGGCGCUAUCACUCCUGAGUCGCACCAGCCAUUAAAUGUAUAAUGAAGAAGAGAAAAUAUAUUUAAGUCGUAUUUUGGGAGGACAUUUUAUUAUCUUUCUUACAAAUUCUGAGACCAAGCGAUCCACAUUGCAACACAAGCACCGGUAACCAUAACAGAAUGAACAGCCAGCAGAGGAGAGGAUGGCGGUGUUUCAAACCCUCCCGGCCAGCGUGGAGAGCUCAUUCCUGGGCUGGAGCCGGCCCUCAGCACCCCGCCACAGGCUCUAACAGAUGCUGGCGGUGUUUCAUAUAUUUCCAAAAUGUAAUACUUGUUUGUAUCUUGUACAGCCAACUAGCCUUUAUUCUGGACUCAGUACAAUUUACCAAAAGUAAAGAGACAUUAUACAGAUGAAGUAAGCACAAGAUAACUUACUAGAAGACACGGAAUUAUCAUCAGAACCAGAACAAGAGAGCCUCAUAACAGUCAUGUGAAAAUAACAGUUAAAAAGUAUGUAUGUAUAAUAGAAAUAAAAAUAUAUUAGAAUUAGUGUAACUCACUGUGAUCCAAACAAUAAAUCAGCCAUAGCUGAUUAGUAAAUAUGACAUGAGGUCUGGGAGUUUUUAAGUUUCAUUCUUUUAUUACAUUUUUUUCUUAGAUCUGUUAAAAGGUCACCAUGGCAGCCUGUGUGUCUCCAACAUCAGCUACACAACGCAGCAAGUGUAAGUUCCUGUCUUGACCACUUCAUGUAUGGUUUUGUACUUUAAACAAUUAUGACAAACCUGUUAUUUUUUCUCCAUAGCCAUUUGGAUCAUUGGUGACAGCUACGUGAGGCGUGGUGCCCAGAGAGCUGCAGAGACCGUCGGACACAACCUUGGCCUCCCUGACGUCUGUGUCUCCUGGUUUGGUUGGGGCGGACCAUCGACAUACAUACAUGUGCCGACACUUUGCGCCCUGUUUUAUAAAAUGUAGUGUUAAAAAUAAAUGUUUUUGCUCAA